AUGAACUCUUCCCCAGCAACCCCGAUAGUGGAGAAGAAUCCAGCCACCCACGAGUCCUGCCUCCCCGUUAAAGACCCCCAGCCACCUUCGCCCCUGGAGUGGCGACAGAUUGUCAGGGGAAAAUCGAAAGUAAAGAUAAAGCUGAGCGAAGGAAGGCCACCAACCCAAACAGCAGCCACGGAACUGGCCACGUCCACCUGGAACAAACAGGUGGCAUCAGACGGUGAUCUAGAGCCUCCCUGUAUGCUGGGGAGACGUCAGGCCGAUGCCCCGGCCCCUCCGCUGAUGUGGGCCAGGGGUCUAGGCCGGAUGGACGUGGCUCAGUGCCAUUACCCUUGGCUAUCAGACCUUCGCCCCAGAGCCGGAGAACCAUCUCAGAAAAAUGAUUUUCAUAAUGAAGGGUACAUCUUGGAAUUAGAUUGCUGUUCCUCCUUGGACCACCUGACAGACCAAAAAAUCAUCCCGAAUUUCAUUAAGAAAAUCCAAGAUGCAGCAAGUCGGGGCCUAGAGUUUGUGGGCGUUGUGCCUCAGUACCAUUGCCCUGGGAACUCUGCAGGAAGCAGCCCACUGACCCCAACUGCCAACGGGUCGGGGGAGUCGAGAGAUGGGAAAACCACGUCAGACCAAUCGGAAGACCUCUCGUCCUUGGAUAGGGAGACCCCAGGGUCGGCGGAUAUGAGCAGCACGCCGGCAGGGUCUCAGGGCGACGCAGAGCCCCAGGAAUGCGGGACAGGCGACAAGCAGGUUGCUGAACCACCAAACUUAUCCUCUGUAGAGGGAAAUGGAGCAGAUUCACCAGAGAAGGCAGAUGGAUUCACAGCAGACAAACGGGAAGGCUCCGACCCUCUGGCUGGAAAAAUGGAGAUUUUCACCAUUUUCAACAAGCCGAAGAGCCAGCUAGAACGGUGCCGACAAUACUACACAGUCACCAUCCCGCUCAGGGUCUCCAAAAACGGACGGACGGUCAACAGCCUCGACGCGAACUGGCUGGAGCACAUGAGUGACCACUUCCGGAAGGGGGGCGUGCUCGUGAACGCCAUCUUUUAUCUUGGAAUGGUAAAUGAUUCCUUACAUGGCUUGACAGAUGGAGUAUUCAUCUUUGAAGAUGUUUCCACAGAAGAGAACAAAGCCACACAGGGCUAUGAUGCCAUUGUUGUCGAACAAUGGACCGUCCUAGAAGGUGUCGAGGUGCAGACAGAUUACAUCCCGCUGCUGAACUCCCUGGCCGCCUACGGCUGGCAGCUCACCUGUGUGCUCCCCACGCCCAUCGUAAAGACCAACAGGGAGGGAAACAUGGCCACCAAACAGAUCGUCUUCCUUCAGAGACCCUCUCUACCUCAGAAAGCCAAGAAGAAGGAAUCCAAGUUUCAAUGGCGCUUCUCCCGUGAGGACAUGCACACCCGGCAGAUGAGAAAAUCCAAGUCUAAACUGAGUGCCCGCGAAAAACAGAAAAUGGAAGAAAAUGAGAAAAAUCAGGAAGACCCGUUUCCCAGAGCUGGGGAUGUAGGCAACUGUCUGCCUGCCUUAAGUCAGGUGGACGGGGUCCCAAGUGAGGAUGGGGAAGGGGUCCCUCAGGAGCUGGGUGGGGGUCUUCAGGGGGCAGAAGGCAAAGAGGCGAACGCUAGCUCAGAGGUGAACGCAGCUGCUGACCGCAGGGUCCCCUGUGAGGCGGUGGUCACCUGCAACGGAGAGGAUAACCAGGAGGAAGGGUCCGUGGUGGCCGCUGGAGCAGAGCCUCCCGCGCCAGAAGAAAUCUGACUCAAAACAGUUUUCCGUGAAUCGAGGAGAGUUUGGCUGACCGCCUUCCUUGGGAGGACUUAGGCGCAGACCGCUGUUUGACUUGGCAAUACACCGCCGUGGUCUCUUCGAAAGAGAACUCCAUACUCCCUCACUCCACCAUAUUUUGUUUCUGCACAUACGUUUGAAAUGUCUUAAAAUGUAAGAGUUUGGGCAGUUUCUCCUGGUGUCUGAGAACCCAGGCCCUUAGCCCAGAAGCCCCUCACUCUCCUUUCCCUGGGGUUUGAACAAUCCAAUGCAAACUUCCUCUUUUGGGCAAAGUUCAAGUGGACUUCCCUGGGCCAGAACCAAGUUUCAGCCUGCCCAUAAAGAAUGCCAACACCCCCAUUGCAUUCUGCUACAAUUGCCUGGCCCUUUCACAGGGUCAGCAGUACCCAAAAGUCCAUGUUUCCUCAUCCUUAGAAGUCCUUAAACACUCACUACUGCUUUGGCAAAAUGGUGCUAGGCAAGGAGUAUGGUACCAACUUCCCUGUGGAGAUCUGAGAGUAUUCCCAUAGACAUUAGUUAUCUGGGGAUGAAAAGUGAAUUCUCUUUGCUUACCUGUUGUUGAAGUCCAUUUGAGUGCUCUGUGUUUGUAUCAAUUCCCCCCCUCCCAAAAAAAAGAGUUUUUGUAUCCAGUAUGUCCAAUGCAUACAUUUGCUUUGCUGUCAUUUCAGGGUGGCCAUAUUUGGUUGGGUGCCCUUGCUUCAUACAGUUUUAAUCAGUGUAUCAUUGAUGGAGUUGGUGCGCUAUGUAAUGCUGUGUCUAUGAAGUAUGUGUAUUGUCUAGAAAGCCUUGUUCAGACUGAUAAAAUUAGGAAGAACACUCAAACUGUAUUUACCAAAACAAUGGCCUGUCCUUUCUUUCUUGCUUAGUUACUUAAAGCAAUAAAUCACCCUUGAGUUUAGCGCA